AUGGCGCAACCACCGCAGAGAGCGGCGCACCACCACCAUCACCAUCACCACCACCACGGCCACGUCGUCGACCCCUCCCGACGCAAGAAGAAGCAUCCGCACUCGCAUCUGCAGCAGGAACUCGAAGACGACGAGGGCAGCACCAACAACUUCAUCUCUUCGUCCAGAGACGCGUCCGAAGAGGACAAUGACGACCAGGAGGAGACUUUCGACGACGACGCUUCCAUCGCCUCGCUCAGACACCACCACCAGCAGCCCAGCACCGGCAGCGUCGUUGCCGUGCCCGUCUCUUCCUCCACCGCAUCCAUCCCGCCCAAUGACCGCGACCAGGCCCUGAUCGAGUCCAAGCCCCACCCCCUGUCGCAAUCGCACAAGUUCAAGGGCAACCCCGAGGAUCGCACCCCCUCGAGCUCAAGCCCGCCCAAGGCGGCACCUGCUCUGGGUCACGCCCAGCUCCGGGCCGCGCAGCAGCAGCAGCUCGGUCAUGCAGCCUCGUCCGACGAGGAGUAUGCGGCGACCCGACCCAGCGUCGGCGUGACGCUCGCCAACGCCGCAUCGACCCUCUCGAGCUCCUCGUCGGCCGACCUUCUGCCCAAGGUCGUCUCUCACCGGCAGCAAGACGCGGCCGGUCGAUCUGCCAAGGCAGCGACGGGUCUCAGCCUUGACGCCUUGCCGGCCACCUCGGCAUCCCUCGCGAAGCAGUCGGCAGACACGCCUGGCUCUUCGGCCGCGACCACAGGCGUCGCGGUGCAGGGCAGUGCUGUUGUCACGCCGCGUGCGACAGUCGAGCCAGUCAGGGAGCUGACGACUUCGCAUGGUGCCGAGGGGAAAUCAGCAGCGACUGGGCAUGCGCAGGUCCAGGGCGGCGGUGCAGGCAAGCGGAAGGGGUCAAAUCCGCACCAGCUCUCGGCUGCUGCUGCGAGCUUGCGUGACAGCAGCAGCACCACCCUCGACAGCGACGUCGAUGGCGGUACGACGACGGACGGCGCGACUCCGUACGAUGGCGAUGUCGAGUACGCCGCCCGCACCCCAGUCAGCGUUCAGAUCAGCGGAGGCGGUCGGCCAGAGAUGACGUCGGACCGUGGGCCUGUGGGCCCCUCGGUGGCCUCUCCCUCCCAGACCCCGGGCACGGCGGCCACAUCUACGGGCAGCUCCUGCACCGCUCCCGACCAGGUGCCCUCGCGCACGUAUAUCCAGGUGGUCGGCUCGCGGCAUCCGGACUGCCACCCGGACGGCGACAACGCCAAGGAGGAGAGCUUCGACUCGAGCCAUAUCGCCAGCGCUGAAGACAUCCGGCGGUGGGUGCACGACGCCAUCUUCAACCCGGACCCGAAGCGCGACUACUCGAUCAACAAGCCGCCGCGCAGGAUCGGCAAGGACGGCAAGGAGAGGCCGAUCCGCAUCUACGCCGACGGCGUGUACGAUCUCUUCCACUACGCGCAUGCCCUGCAGCUGCGCCAGGCCAAGCUGUCGUUCCCCAACGUGCACCUCAUUGUCGGCGUCGUCUCGUCGUACAGCUGCAGCUCGCACAAGAACAAGCCGAUUUUCUCGUCGGCGGAGCGGUACGAGUGCGUGCGCAACUGCCGCUGGGUCGACGAGGUGCUCGAGGACGCGCCGUGGGUCAUCGACCAGAACCUCAUUGACGCCAUGGAGAUUGACUAUGUGGCCCACGACGAGCUGCCCUACGAGGGCAAGGGCAUCGAGGACGUCUACGGCUUCGUCAAGAAGCAGGGCCGCUUCCUCCCGACGAGGAGGACCGAGGGCGUCAGCACCAGCGAGCUGCUCGGCCGCGUCGCCGAGGUCUACCGCACCGGCACGCUCGACAAGAAGCUGGCCAAGGUCGGGUUGAGCCACCUCGCCUUUAAACCGGACGAGUAG